AAUGAAGCACAGAGCACAGUUAGCAGGAAGCAACUCCUGUUGUUUGCCAAGGUUGCAUAUAAACCCAGAGAGAUGUCUGUCCCCAUCCGAGAAUAUCUGAUGCUGGCCCUGGCCUGGGUGUCAACCUGUGGAGAAGUUACCGAACCUCCAGAUGAAUCUCUAGAAGAAUUGUCCUGGUGCCUGCCGGAGGAUGAGGGGGACCGGCUGCAGGUGCUGGAGGGGGAGGGUCUUCGUCUGCAUGCCAAGGUGUCCAAUGACGCUCUGGCCGACGUGACGGAUCCCCGGUGGUACCGCGACGGCACCGAGGAGAUCUCCUCCUCCGAGGGCCAGCGUGUGCAUCAGCACGGCUCCCUUCUCCUCUUCCUCCCCCUCCUCCUCAAUGACUCGGAACACUAUUACAGCUAUGGGAGGGCUUCACCGGACAGAUGCUUCUUGUCUGUAACCAAGGUGAUCGUUUUACCCGCCGAGCCGCGUCCCCGUGUCUUGUUCUCGAACAUCUCCGAGUCGUCGGUCAACAUUGACAUCAAAUGGCCCAACUACAAACUUGGGGAGUGUGAAGGAAACUUCAGCUGGUAUAGGAACUUACGUCUCCUUCCAUCUGAGAAAAGCAGCUUGCUAUGGGUGCGCAAUGCCACCAAGGCUGACGAGGCCAACUACACGUGUGUGUGUACCUGGACACACAACCAGGAAGUGUACAACAGCUCUGCGUCCAGGUGGCUGAAUGUCAAAGAACCCUUGGCUUACUAUCCACCAAUCAUCAACACCCCAGCCAACGGAUCCACGGAGACGGCAGUGAUGGGCUCCAUUAAGACUCUGACCUGCUCUGCGCAUUGUGGAACAAACAUUAAAGAUUGUUGGGUGUGGUGGAACGUGAAUGGACAGAAGGCUGACGACUUGGAGGGCUACAGUCAAAACCUCACCAGCGAGUAUGUAACAACCAAGAAGCUGUACAUCUUCAAGUCUGUCUUAACCAUAGACAGAGUUUCUGUCAAGGACUUCCACUCCACGUUUAAAUGCAAUGCCAUGACCGACCAGAGCAUCACAGUUGCUGCUCUGUUUCUCAAGCCUGAAGCCUCCCUGUUGCUCCCUCUAGUGGGGGGAGUGUGUAUCCUGCUGCUGGCCCUGCCGGCUGCACUGGCCGUCCGACACUUUGCCAUCGACCUGGCUCUCUUCUUCAGAUGGCUGCUGCGCUCCUACAGCUGUCCUGAAGAUGGGAAGGUGUAUGAUGCAUAUGUGGCGUACCAGCGCCAGGGACUAGACCAGGCCAUGGAGGAGAGACUGGGCCUGUUCGUCACCAGUGUUCUGCCCUAUGUCCUGGAGAACCAGUGUGGCCUCCGCCUCUUCAUCCACGGCAGAGACAACCUGCCAGGAGAGGACUGCAUGGAGCUGGCGGAGAGGUGCAUACGGCUGAGCAGGAGGCUGAUGGUCAUCCUCACCCCGACCUCCGGGUCAGGGUCAGAGGUCAAAGGUCCGGGUGCUGCGCUGCAGUACGACUGGCAGCUGGGGCUUCACCAUGCCCUGAUGCAGAGUGGGGUGACUGUGAUCCUGAUUCAGCUGGGGGACAUGAGCUUCACGCACCUGCCCCCCACACUGCAGCUGCUGAUCCGCAGCAGCACCCCCCUCAGGUGGAAUGGGGCAGCACGGGGCGCUACCACGGCUACGUCGGCCUUCUGGAAGCGGGUGAGGUACCUGAUGCCCAGUGCUGCACCAGCCAGCAGGCAGGGACACCAGCAGAGUCACCAGCCAUCAGAGAUACUCUUCCUGAAUGACAGGCCCUGAUCCAGAGUCAC